CUUUUGGAUUGGUUGAGUACAAGGUCUUUCCGUCGUGUCUGCCAGGGAGGUUCUCUGCUGUUUGUGUCUCACAACACGUCCAGCUCCUCGCUCAUCCACACAGGUUUUCCUUCUUGUUGUGAGGUAGACUGGUGUGGGCAGCAUGGGCCGUGGAGUGGAGAUGACAGGCUGUGGCAAGUUUGUCCGCUUCCUCAUGUUCGCUAUCAACUUUAUUAUUUGGGUAUCGAGCAUAGUAAUAUUAGUGUUAGGAAUAUGGACAGUUGCGGACCGACCAUACUUAGAGCGGCUGCUGGGAAGUGAAAUGUACAUGACAGCUGCUUAUAUUCUUAUUGGCACUGGCUGUGUCACAUUCUUCGUCUCUUUUCUUGGGUGCUUUGGUGCCCUCAGAGAAGUUAAAUGUAUGCUGCUCACUUAUUUUAUUGUUGUUCUGCUGCUCUUCAUAAUCCUCCUGAUUGGUGGCAUCCUUGGCUACGUUUUUAAGGACAAAGCUAGGAUCAACAUGAACCAUGCAAUGUUGAAUGCCAUGAAAGAGUACAAGAUUGAUUCUGAUUCUCCAUACACCAAAGCUUGGGAUGAAACUCAACAAGCAAUGAAAUGCUGUGCCAUAGCACAUCAAGAGGAAUGGCCAACAAAUAACAAGGAAUUUUCAAUGUCUAAUCUCCACGUUCCAAAAUCGUGCUGUAAAAAAGAUGACACUUCAGGAGAGAUGCUGGACUGUCAGAGAAAUCCCACAAAGGAAAAUUCUUACACUGAAGGCUGCUUCUCCAAAGCGAUCAGUUUUGUGGAAAAUCAUGCGCUUAUUAUUGGAGUUGUUGGUAUUGCAGUUGCAGUCAUCACGGUUCUUGGACUCGUAUUGUCAAUUGUUCUGUUCAAGAUGAUAGACUGAGCUUCAAAUGCUACACUGUUGGUGUUGAAGAGCCUUGCAAAAUGUACUGUGCACCAUGUUUUCAGUUACUAGUCAGUUGAGAAGUAUUAAAAAAAAAAAAAAAUCCUUUGCUUCUCAGUGUGAGGGAACCUUCUACACAGCCAUGCAACUCGUCACAGCUGUAAGGAAGAAACUUGUAUCUCUUGGCUUAAGUUGGUCAAGCGUGUCUAGUAAUGGUCUUAUGAAAGACUUGCUGUUCACAAGUAAAGUUGAAAACCUCCCAUAAAAUACUUAUCUCCGAUUUAUACAAGGGGAUCAUGAAAGUUCUCGGUGCUGAAUAAUCUACUCGAUAGAUGAUAUUCUAAAGUUAGGUUUAUAGAAAUUUUAAUUUAAAUUAUUUUUAUAACUACAGUUUUCAGAAAAAUAAGGAUUGAUAACUACAGCAUUUUGACUGAACACCAUAGGACAGUGUUUUUUUUUUUUUUAUAGCCAGAAGGAAGAUAUUGGAAAUAUAGCAACAAUUCUGUGUAAUAUGCUUUGCCAAUUUUAGGUACUGUAUGAUUUUUAAAGUACAGCAAUACUGUAAUGAAAGUUUUCAUAUUAAGUCAUAAUUUGGAAAAUAACAAACUUCAGUUGAUUGCAACAUCAGAUAACUUCUUUGCAGGGGAAAUAACUGGUAAAUGUUUAUUGCCAUAAAGUUGCUUGUACUGCAAGUGUAGCUGUACCCAUUAUAUAAAAUACUGUAUGUACAUUGUGCACUAUGUACUUAAUGUGUGUAGUAUUGAUUUAGAAUGGGGAUGGGGGGGGAUUAUCUGGAGUUUAUCUGGAGAGAGUUCCGGGGGUCAACGCCCCCGCGGCCCGGUCUGUGACCAGGCCUCCUUAGGUCAGUGUCCCAGGAUGCGACCCACACCAGUCGACUAACACCCAGGUACCCAUUUUACUGAUGGGGAACAUAGACAACAGGUGGAAGGAAACACGUCCAAUGUUUCUACUCUGGCUGGGAAUCGAACCCAGGCCCUCACCGUGUGAAGCGAGAGCGUUAACCACCAGGCCACCAGAGUGGAGAAAUUUUAAUACAGCAGAUAAAAUCGAUGCUAUAAGAUGCAACAACCUGGCAGUCUCCAGUUUUGCUAGUGUGAAACUAUAUAAUCUUUCUUUAAUUUAUAUUCCACUUAGCCAUCUUAAAUUGUUUUAGAAAAGUUUAGCACUGUAUGAAUGUAAUUGUCAAUAUCAAGUUUAGAUAAUUUCAUUCAUUUGGUGAUCCUGUAUUGAAAAAUACCAAAAUUGCAUAUACUAGAGGAAAUUGUAAUUUUUUUAUUGUAAUAAAAAAAUUUGUACACAUCACUGCAGUAAUAAGAUUAAAUAUUGCCCUUAACAUCCAUUGAGCAAAUUUAAAUUUUUUACUCUUUUUGAUAUCUAUACAAUGUGAAAUAAAUGUUAAAAGAA